AUGGAUAAAAGUUGGAUGAAGAAGCAGAGGGGUUCAAGGGAAUAUAUUGAAGGUGUACUUAAAUUUGUGGAAUUUGCAUCAAAACAUGCAAGCGAUGGGAAAAUCUUUUGUCCUUGUACCAAAUGUAUGAAUAUGAAUUUGGUACUGCCAGGGGUGGCACGUGAACAUCUUUGGAGUAAGGGGAUGCUUCAAAAUUACACACUUUGGAAAUGGCAUGGGGAAUCGGCAGCUGCGCCAACUGCCACUGAAUGUGGGAGUAGUCAUGUCCAAGAGUCCUUAGAACAAUACGGUGACUUUCGUGGGAUGUUGCAUGAUUUGUGCCCCACGCAUGGAAUGCCACCUGAACCAAUGGACGAAGGGGAAACUGUGCAACAACCGGCUGAAGGUCCAAAUGAUGGUGCACAAAAGUUUUACAAAAUGAUAGAUGAUGUCCACAAACCUUUAUAUGCUGGGUGUACAAAAUUUAGCAUAUUCUCAGCCAACGUUAUGUGUUUCCAGUUGAAGACUCUUUGUGGUUGGACGAACAAGUCAUUUACUAUGUUGCUUCAACUCUUGAUGGAUAUGCUCCCUUCUGACGCUAAGUUGCCAAAGGACCAUUAUGAGGCUAAGAAAAUAGUUCGAGAUUUGGGUUUGGGGUAUGAGAAGAUCCAUGCUUGUCCCAAUGAUUGUAUGCUAUUUUGGAAGGAGAAUGUUAACCUCGACGCAUGUCCUUGUUGCGAAGAAAGUAGGUGGAAACCAAAUGAGGCAUCUGUUACAAAUAAUAAUGCCUCAUCUAGUAAGGGAAAGAAGAAAGCUGCAAAGAUCCUACGCUGGUUUCCCUUAAAGCCAAGAUUGCAGCGAUUAUUUUUGUCACCCGACUUGGCUAUAUGCUAA